AUGGAAAAGAGUCUCCUCUGCUUCGAGGCAGCAAUGACGUCGCGCUUGUGGCGCCAAAGACACGAUACGAGAAUUGGCUGCACUACAUACAUCUACACUACGGACGAGAACCCUGAAAAGGGCUAUAUUCAUCCUCGAACGAUGAAAGGCCAUGAAGCCGCCGCGUAUCUCACAUACAUUGUCAAUCAUUACGACUGUCUGUCUCCCUUUACCAUCUUUCUUCGCGGCAAGGACGAGCAUUGGCAUAAUGACGCCGCGGGGCCUAAAAGUAGCAAUGUGCUUCUGAAUCUGCGCUUUGAAGCUGUGAGGGCAUAUGGGUACGUGAAUCUACGGUGUCUGGCGGUGCCCGGAUGUCCUGACUCACUCCAUCCUUCAAUCAUUCAAUACACCGACCUAAAGUAUCACUACUUGAUUAAUAAUUUCUCUCUAAUCUAUUCCGAGCUUUUUGGCGAAUCCGCAAGACCAUGGUCAGAAUAUGAACGACUUCUACACUGGGCCGCCAAUACUACGCGAACUGAUGGCUACGGAAUAGGUUAG